UUUCGUUUUCGAUCCGAUAUGUACCGUUUCUUUUUCCGCACUUCACAAAUCUUCGUUCUUGAGCGGCUGUUCUCCCGCGAAUCUCAUCCCGUUGCAGUUCCGUUCGUAAUUUUGCAUCUUCAGCCAUUGUAGCUACGGCAAUAUCGGCCACGAACGCAUUGCCAUUGGCAUUAGGGAGGAGGCAGCAUCGGUGUGAUAUUUUGGUGGUGGUUGUAUUUUCACUUAUCAGUGGGGAUAAGUAUUGAAGGAUAAGUUUGGAAAUGAGUUCAGAUAGCAGGAGUCGAAGCAGGAGCAGAAGCAGGAGCCCACUGGAUCGUAAGAUCCGGUCUGAUCGUUUUUCAUAUCGUGAUGCACCAUACAGGAGAGAAUCACGUCGGGGUUUCAGUCGAGACAAUCUUUGCAAGAAUUGCAAGCGGCCGGGCCAUUUUGCAAGAGAAUGUCCCAAUGUGGCAAUUUGUCACAAUUGUGGUCUCCCUGGGCAUAUUGCUUCAGAGUGCACAACAAAAUCACUAUGUUGGAACUGCCGAGAACCUGGUCACAUGGCAAGUAGCUGUCCCAAUGAAGGCAUUUGCCACACCUGUGGUAAGGCGGGACAUCGAGCCAGGGACUGUACGGCUCCUCCCCUGCCACCUGGAGACUUGAGGCUUUGCAAUAAUUGCUACAAGCAAGGUCAUAUAGCAGCUGAUUGUACUAAUGAAAAGGCUUGCAACAAUUGUAGGAAGACGGGCCAUCUUGCUCGCGAUUGUCCAAAUGACCCUAUUUGCAACCUGUGUAAUGUAUCGGGGCAUGUCGCCAGGCAGUGUCCAAAGUCCAAUGUCCUCGGAGACCGGGGAGACCGAGGCAUCAGCAGUGGUGGUGGCAGUGGACGUGGCAGUGGUAGUGGUUAUCGAGACGUUGUGUGCAGGAACUGCCAGCAACUUGGCCAUAUGAGUAGGGAUUGCAUGGGUCCUUUGAUGAUCUGCCAUAAUUGUGGGGGACGUGGUCACCUGGCAUACGAAUGCCCUUCUGGCCGGUUCAUGGAUCGUUAUCCUAGGAGGUACUGAUGAUCGAAAGAGCUAAACAUGGUUAAGACAGACCCCUUGGGAUUUUGGUUCGAGUUUAGACAAUUCGGGAACUAAACUCUAUAGAUUGCUCUACUUGCUUACAUUGUAGUAUUUGGUCGUGCUAUUUUACGGAACAUUAUUUUCGAUUUAGACGAUGAAUUUUCAGUAUUGUUUUUUCAGUAUGCUGAUCUUGGUUCUAUCUAAUAAGACUUUGUUGAUGAUUUA